AUGCGCUCAUCACUUUCCAAAGACGAGAGGUGUCUGUUUUGCCGGAAAACGGAGGAUGAAUCUGUCGAUAUCGACUGGGUCCAAUGUCCGGAGUGCAGAAAAUGGGCACAUUUUUCUUGCGCAGGUGUGGAUCAGGAGGUAGCCAAUACGGAUUGGUACUGUCCGCGAUGCGAUAGAUCUGCUGAUCAACCGUUGAAGGUACCGGAGGCAGGUAAGAAGCGUGCUAAGAAAUCUGGCUCGAAGAGCGAUGCAGGAUCCGAGCAAGGGGCUGGUUUCGUCAUAGGUUCGACUGAGCAGCAGUCGGAAGAGGAACAGCGAAUGAGGCAGGAUUUUGCGAAGCAGAUUGAGGUCCGGAAGAUACAGCUCGCUAGAAAGAAGGCUUUUUACGAAGAACAAAUGCAGCAAGAACGGGAAAUGCGCGAACAGGAGCUUCAAUUCCAACGAGAAAUGGAAGAGCAGCAGUUAGAGCACGAGCAAAAAAUGUUGGAAUGCCAACUGGCUGCCGAACGAAAUUUCGUUAAAAGGCGGGAUACGAUUCGGAAGCAGUUAGAAUGUAGUAUUCAGCGAGUCAACGCUUUGAAAAAGCAAGAGGACGCGGUUGGGAGAAAAAACGAAGGUGCUCUGGAUGCAAAAUCGAAGUCGAAGGUAAACGAUUGGUUGCAAGAGCAAAGAAAAUUUGGUGCGGGAUCGGUAGCAAAAGACUAUCGCGGUGCUAUACCGAAAGGCGAAUCACGACGAAGUGAAACGGAGACGCAGCGAUUGAAUACAUCCGGAAUCGGAGGUGGCGAAAUUGAGGACAGCGGAGAUGCAGAGAGCAUUGACAGUGACGUUUUCGAGGAGCCUAAAAACAGCGUUUACGACAGUGUGCGCAGUAAGGCAGUCGAAAAUGGGCCGGGGCGCUGUGUUAACAGGAUUUCGAGAGACCAGUUGGCUGCUCGAAAAGCGGUAUCUCAUAAUCUGCCAAAGUUCAGGGGAGAACCGGAAGUGUGGCCGCUUUUUAUAAGCAGUUUCGAGUACACGACGACGGCUUGCGGAUUCUCGAAUUUGGAAAAUUUGAAGAGAUUGCAGGAUUGUUUGAUGGGAGACGCGCUUGAAGCUGUAAGGAGUCGGCUAGUGAUACCGGAUUCUGUACCGGAUGUGAUCCAAGAUCUUAGGAACCUUUUUGGGAAACCAGAGAAGCUGCUCAAGACCCUGUUGGCGAAGGUAAGGAAUGCACCGGCACCGAGAGCGGAUCGCUUGGAAACAUUUAUCAACUUCGGGAUUACUGUAAAGCAGCUGUGCGAUCAUCUCGAGGCUGCUCGCUUGAUUGAACACCUUAACAACCCGAUGCUGGUAUCGGAGUUAGUCGAUAAGCUGCCGCCAAGUUACAAGCUGGAUUGGGUCCGGUAUAAGCGGAACAAGGUAGACAGUCCACUUCGUAUGUUCACGAACUUUACGAACGAGGUCGUGUCUGACGUGUCCGAGGUUACGGAGUUUGCCAUGCUGUCGGUGAACGAUCAUGCGCGGUCUAGUAGAGGUAAUCCAAAGAUGAAGGAGUUUGUGCACAUGCACGAUUCAGAGGAGCGUAAUGACGGUUAUAAGAAUGACAUAGUAGGAAAGGUAUGUUGGAUCUGUAAACGGCCAGAUCAUCUGAUCAAGUCAUGCGAAAGGUUCAGACGAAUGAAUGUGGGGGAGCGGCUGAGGGAAAUUGAGAGGCAGAAGCUAUGUGGGCUAUGCCUUAAUAAACACGCUAAUGGGCGAUGUGUGUCGAAGUCUCGGUGCACGAUUCGGAAUUGUCAGCGCAACCAUCAUCCACUGUUGCAUCGAGUCGAAGAAUCGGUUCAGUUGCAGAAGGCGGAAUGUAAUGCGAUGAAGAAUGCUGAUAAUGCGGUGAUCUUUCGGAUGAUGCAGAUAACUCUUUACUACGGAAGUCGGCAGUUUGAUACGUUGGCGUUUCUUGACGAAGGCUCGUCAACUACGUUGGUGGAUGAUUCGGUAGCCAAGCAGUUGAGAGCGGAGGGUAUGCUAGAGCCCCUGAUCGUCACUUGGACGGGCAACAUCAACCGUUACGAGAACAGGUCCAGGAGGGUGGAAAUAAUGAUAUCCGCGAAAGGCUCGAAGGAGAAGUUCCCGUUGUUCAAUACUAGGACGGUUUCGGAGUUGCAGUUGCCAAAGCAAAACGUACGGCUUGCGGAAGGGGCGAAACGGUAUCAGCAUUUGGCUGAGGUACCAAAUAAGGAUUAUCCGUCGGAGCUGCCCAAGAUUCUUAUAGGUUUAGACAACCUAUAUCUAUUCGCGCCAUUGGAGUCGCGCAUCGGUAGACCAAGUGAACCUAUCGCAGUACGGUCGAGGCUCGGCUGGACGAUUUAUGGGUUGGAAAAACGUAAGACCAGUGUCCACACAUAUCUGAAUCUGCAUUCAGUGGCACGAGUGAGCAACCAAGAGCUGCACGACCUUAUUUGGAAACAAUAUGAGAUGGAUGAGACAGCGGUUACACCGUUCACCGCGCCGGAACCGGUCGACGAGAAACGUGCUCGAGAAAUUCUCGAAACGACAACGAGGAGGGUGGGCGAUCGUUUCGAAACAGGGUUACUGUGGCGAAAAGAUGAGCGAUGGUUUCCUGACAGCUAUCCGAUGGCUGUGCGGAGAAUGAGGGCACUCGAACGAAAACUGGAGAAGGAUCCAGCGUUGAAACAGAACGUCUGCCAGCAGAUUGUGGACUACCAAAAGAAGGGUUACGCUCAUAAAAUAACUGCAGAAGAGAUCGUAGAAACUCCUAGCUCGACGGUGUGGUACCUACCGAUGAACGUGGUGAUAAAUCCGCGGAAACCUGGUAAAGUACGCCUGGUUUGGGAUGCAGCUGCGUCAGUUGGAGGUGUUUCGCUGAACUCAGCGUUACUGAAGGGACCGGAUAUGCUGGUACCACUUCCCAAAGUCGUUUGCGGGUUCCGACAAGGUCCAGUGGCUUUCGGAGGGGACAUCCAGGAGAUGUAUCACCAGUUAAAAAUCCGGACUGAAAAUAAGCAAGCGCUGCGUUUCAUGUUUGGCAGUGACUCAACUGGAGCACCGCAAGUAUAUGUGAUGGACGUGGCAACUUUCGGUGCAACGUGUUCGCCAUGUUCAGCGCAGUUCGUUAAAAAUCUAAAUGCGAAACAGUUCGAAAAAGAGUUCCCGGAAGCAGCGGUAGCUAUAAUAGAGAAGCACUACGUGGAUGACUACUACGACAGUGUAGAUACCGUCGAGGAGGCAGUCGAACGGGCAAGGCAAGUGCAAUAUAUUCACUCGAAGGGAGGAUUUCACUUACGAAACUGGGUGUCGAACUCGGAGGAGUUUCUGCAGAGAAUCGGCGAACGUAGUGCAGACACAGCAGUGCAUUUCAGUCGAGACAAAGGCACGGAGUACGAGCGUGUUCUAGAGAUCGUUUGGGAACCGGUGGAUGAUAGUUUUUGUUUCGCUACCGCUUCAAAGACGGAUUUCCUCAAAAUCCUCAAUGGCGUGGAACAUGCGACGAAGCGGGCGGUUCUCAGCUUUGUGAUGGCUCAAUUUGAUCCCAUGGGAUUCCUCACACCGAUUACCGUAUGUGGAAAAAUGUUGGUCCAGGAUCUUUGGAGAAAUGGCUGUGAAUGGGAUGCUAGGAUCGAUGAAGUAUCGUUCCAGAAAUGGCUGCGCUGGAUACAGAUGAUGCGAAACGUUGGGUCGUUCAAGCUGCCAAGGAGUUAUUUUGGAGGUGCAAAGUCUAACGAAAUAACGAAUCUGCAGUUGCACGUAUUCGUUGAUGCUAGCGAGACAGCGUACGGGUGUGUAGCGUAUUUCAGGGCGAUUGUGCAAGGAGAAGUAAGGUGUGCGUUGGUCAUGAGUCGAUCUAAGGUGGCACCAUUGAAGCAGAUCUCGAUCCCACGACUAGAGCUUCUGGCUGCUGUUUUGGGAGCACGGUUGUCGCGGGCUGUGCUCGAGAACCACAACAUCGUUAUUGGAAAAAUUGUUUACUGGAUCGACGCGAGCGUAGUGCUAUCGUGGAUUCGAUCCGAUCAGCGAAGGUACAGACAGUUCGUGGGGUUCCGGAUUGGCGAGAUUCUUACUCUGACGAGGUUAACCGAUUGGCGCUGGGUACCGACCAGAGUUAACGUUGCAGACCAGCUUACGAAGUGGGGCAAGGAUCCGGAUAUGCAUCCUAACAGUUCGUGGGUUCGCGGACCAGCGUUUUUGUACCAAAGUGAAGAAGGGUGGCCGAAAAGAGAACUGCCGCCGGCAAACACGACAGAGGAACUGAGAAUCCAUCUAUUGCUGCAUGAGGUGAAAGGAUCGGAUGUUCUCGUGGAUCCUGGCCGCUUCUCUAAAUGGACGGUGUUAGUACGAACUAUGGCGUGCGUACUUCGUUUCGUAUCGAAUUGUAAAAGAAAUGUUGCCGGGUUGCCGGCUGCGUGCAACGAACAAGCAGGCGAAGGCACUGAAGUUAAGAAAAGGCGCGUCGAUCAGGCGGCCGCUUCAGCAAAGGAUCGUCCGACUGAUCAGUGGAUAACCAUCGAAAGGUCUAGUCCGUUGUACAAACUGACUCCGUUGCUCGAUGAGAGUGGCUUGAUCCGCAUGGAGGGACGAGUUGAGCGAGCAGACUUUCUUCCGUUUGUUUUACGUUUUCCAGCGAUUCUGCCGAACAAUCAUAGAAUUACGUGGUUGAUUGUUCAACAUUAUCACGAGAGGAGUGGACAUGGAUACCGCCAGGCGGUGAAAAACGAGCUGAGGCAAUUGUAUUACAUUCCACACGUGGAUGCGGUGGUUCGAAAGGUAUCGUCUUCAUGCGUUUGGUGCAAGGUGCAUCGUAGUCGGCCUCAAGUUCCGCGUAUGGCUCCGCUGCCGGUACAGAGACUCACGCCAAACCUUCGUCCGUUCAGCUUCGUUGGAGUCGAUUAUUUGGGACCGUUUGAUGUUACUGUUGGGCGCCGAACAGAGAAACGGUGGAUCGCGCUGUUUACCUGUCUGGUAACACGCGCGGUGCAUUUGGAAGUGGCACACGGGUUGACUACUCAGUCGUGCCUAAUGGCAGUAUAUCGGUUCGUGGGUCGUCGUGGUUGGCCGUGCGAAUUCUUUUCCGAUAACGGAACCAAUCUGCGAGGAGCUAGCAAAGAAGUGCUAGAAGUUGUUCGGGGAAUAGGAGACGACUGCGCCGAUCAAAUUACAAACGCUCGGACAAAGUGGACGUUUAAUCCGCCAGCAACACCCCAUAUGGGAGGCGUAUGGGAGCGUCUUGUACGUUUAGUGAAGGAGAUGCUGACGGCUCUUGACGACGGUAGGCGUGUAACGGAUGAGAUUCUGCAAACAACUAUUGUCGAGGCGGAGGACAUAAUAAAUUCUCGUCCGCUCACCUACGUUUCACAGCAGACAGAGAAAGCUGAAGCACUCACCCCGAACCACUUUUUGAGGGGUACCUCACCGAACCAGCCUUGCGCAGGUUCACCAGUUGUACACACAGCAAAAGCACUUCGGGACGCGUUUCAGCGUUCACAGCAGUUAGACAACGUGAUGUGGGAGAGAUGGAUAAUGGAGUAUGUUCCCUCGCUAAAUCAGAGGACAAAAUGGUUCGGCGAGACUAGACCGUUGAAAUCUGGAGAUUUGGUGUACGUCGUGGAAGGUAACAGCCGAAAGUGCUGGAUUCGAGGAGUGGUGGAGGAACCCAUCGUGUCAGGUGACGGACGGGUUCGACAGGCAUGGGUGCGAACAAAAAGCGGAAGGUUCAAGCGAGCGACAGCGAAACUAGCAGUGAUGGAGAUUCAAGAAGGUAACUCUGAGCCGGAUAGCACUCCCGGGACAGGGUUACGGGCCGGGGAAUGUUCUGGCCACACUGGUUAUGUUUCAGCCGCGUCGCUGCAUGCUUGA